CUCGGCCUCAUCGUUUUCGCUGUUCGAAAGCCUGUUCAUUAUAUUAACAGGCAGAGAUGCCUCCACGACAACGACAACUAGGCAAAGGUCUCUCUCUCCCCGAGAAUCCGAAAUGGAUAGAAUUUGGUCUCUCAGACGGGAGUCCCACGGAAUGGCCCACGAACACGAAACCUGCCAAUAACGAGGGCUGGUAUCGACCUUUAACGAUAGAUGAGGGUUCCUCAAUCAGGUGGAGGGCUCAAGUCGCACAACAUGUUUCGGAGGAGUUGGCCAUGCCAGCGAGCAAGGACUACGUCUUGAAAAGUUGGCCAGACGGAUACCAGCUCUAUGAGCACAAUCAGCCAGGUCCCAACGGCGUCCGACAUGAUCUAUAUCUAUACGGCUCUACAUUCGUCAAAAAAUUCAGGUCUACCAAGGAAUUCAUGCCCCACGCCGUCUGGCUCCAGCAAGACGAAACGCUCAACCACUCCAACUGUCACUGCAAAUACGCCAGCGGAAACCCUCGAAAAGCCCCUCGCGCAUCCACCGCCACCGCCUCCGCCCCUGUCCCCUCAGGCUCGCGCUCCCGCCACGCACGCGAACCGGCCCUCCAACAAUCGCAACGAUUCAAAGUCCCCCGCGAUCCAGGCAAACCGUACGCCUUUGUCCGGCGAACCCCUAAGCCUGCGAAGCGCUCCGCGCCACCGGACCAUGUCAUGUCGCAGGACCGGUAUACGGACAUACAGUCGAUGAAUUCGGAGUUGCAGAUGCCGUUGAAGAGGUGGUUCAGAGAAGGCGAACUCGUGUGGUGUGAGAUUGUUCCGCCGAUUGAGGCGCAGGGAGAGGCUAUGAUAUUUUGGCCGGGUCUGGUGCAGGAGGCGAAGAUUGCUUCGCACCCUACCUUGCUACCCGCGCGAAACGGAAAGGGAAACGCAGACCGGGAGACGGGAGAUGGGACGAAUGGUAAUAGUGGUGGUAGUAGUGCCGGUCCGAGCGGUUCUACAUCGACGUCAACGCACGAAGACGAGCCCACUAUUGUGUCCGUGUAUCAAACGACAGACUACAAAGUCAAACUCUUAGGUGUUCUUCAAGAAUUCACAUGUCCCGACAAAUCCGUCAUUCCUUAUCUUGGCUACGUCCCCUCCAUCGACCUCCUCAAGGCCAUGCAAAACGUUCCAAUCGCUCACUUAACCCUCGACGCCGAAGAAGUAGCAGGCUUCAACCCCUGGGAGCCUUUACCGCAACCGGUAACCGAAGAAGCUAAACAAGCCCGAUUCGAACAGGCCGUCGCGCCCUAUUCGUUCGCCGUCGAGAUCGCGAAGAAUAUAGCGGGCAGUUGGACGCCUACUGACGAGUGGACGUUCAAGCAAGCCGUUCCCACUGACCUGUUGUUACCACCUCAGCCGCCACCGCCACCACCUCCAGGAGCCACUCUCGCUGAAGUCCUUGCCUCGCAUGCUAGGGCUCCCGCGUCUGGCUCUGGGCUGGCCCGCGUCACCCUCUCGGACGGGACCAGAGUACUUCCUGGGACGGAGAUCGUCAAUACGCAAAUCCGCUACCAGGGGCUUUGGUGGGGAGCCGAACGGAUAUGGACGGACGACCUCGUCCGUCUGAAAGCGUCGAGGCGACAGAUUGCCCCUGAGGGCUCCGUCAAUAUUUACCCGCCUUCCGGACCUUCGGCAGACACGAUUGCGGCGUUGGGAGCUAUGGAGAACGCGCCCAACCUUCGCGACCUGGGUGCGAUUGACAGAGGUGUGUUUAUGUUGCUGAAUGGGUUGUUCGUAGCAGACGUAAAGAGAGAGAGUGGAGAGAUAAAGAAGGAGUGUAGAGCAAGUGGGAUGCUCUAUGAAUUGGCGGAUGAGGGAUGGGAGGAUGAGGCAGCGAAGAAUGGGGAAGCAUCCGCUGUGAAUGGGAGCCAGCAGGGGCAUGGCAGCGAUGUCCAGCAUGAUAUGCCACCGCGUAUGGAAGUUGAUUCGGAUGAUGAACCACGAACGCCAGUAGAGCUCGACGCUGGUCCGCUCUUCAUGUCCGAACCCUCACGGUCCAACCCUCCUUCACCAAGAAAACCUUCAUACCACUCUUCUUCCGGGCCACAACAGGCCUCUUCCUCGUCCGUUGCAGCCGACGUCGACGCCAACGCUGAAUCAUCCAAAUCCCUACCCUUGUCAUAUCUCUCUCCAGAAGCUACCCAACUCUCACAACCUCCACAAUCCACCACCUCGUCCAACCCCACUCAACCACCCCUUCCUCCGCCGCCACACGGUUAUAAAUUCCGUCCCAUCCUCCAUCCAGGACACGAAGUCGUCAUCUCGCUCACGCUCAUCAGCGGCCGAUAUUACCCCUCACUCUUCUCCCACCCAUGUUUCAGGCCCGUCAUCGUCCGCAUGCAGCAGAUCGCGCACGGGAUGGUUGCGCCGGAGCUGCAGCAUCUCUUGAGUCUGGAGGGACUGUGUCCUGGGUUUUAUAAUGCUGUGGAUCCGGUAAAGUGGGUGCCUGGGAGGACCAUAAUGUGUAAGGAUGCGGAGAGGGAUAAGAGACGGUUGUUGUGGGAGCAUUGGGAGAGGAGGGCCGUGGAGGAGGCAGGCGGGGGGAAAGCGCGGCAGAGUGAGGCUCCGAGUGUGGAGCUGUAAAAUGCUGCUGCUGUGACUUGAGCUCGGUGGGCGGUAGUGAUAUUGUAACUUGUUGUCAAGUCUACCAUGUAUAUACACCUCUUCUUGUUGCG